UCUAUCGAUUAAAGCGAAAUAACUAUGAUAUUUUGUACACGUUUAAGCAUACUUUCUCUUCUUUUAAGCGUUUCUUUCUCUCUUCUUUUUCCCCCAAUCGUAAAUUAACAGGGACGGACGAAAAGAGAAAGCAUAAAGGAGAGCAAUAUUGGAAGAAAGAAAAAUUCGAUCAGGAAAAAAAAAGGGAACCGAAAUACCGACUAGUAUGGAAAAAUAUAGAUUCGAUGUUCGAAAGACAGGUAUACGUACGAACAAGGGGGAUGGAGAGUGGAUACGUCGUUGGAACUGGAAGGGCGAGGAAGGGGCAGAAGCAUCUAGCUACGACAGUGGAGGUAACAGUGCUGCCUUUAAAGAUGGCCACCCAAGGCAACGCGCUGUGUCGCGUCCAUGCCGAAAAAUGAUCGAAAACCCUUACCAAAUCGUGAAUAUUGGCUAAAUUGAAUUAUACGGUGAACGAAGAAGUCUUCGGUUGGAUCGUUCGGUGAUUGUCGGAAAGGAUGUUUGGUGUUCCAGAGUGUUUGGCCCGUUGAAACGCAAAAAGGUUGUCGAGAUGCAAGAUGAGAGGAAUCUAGCGGUGGUCAUUCUACCCCGUGUCGAGUGACAGUGGCUUACGUAACGGAUUAUUCUCGCUAUGAUAACGAUACUCCAGCCGCGAAUGCGAAACAAGAAACUGUUUUACCGGGUUAUUCGCGGCGCUGCGCACGAAUCUGCUAGAAAUACGCAUCGCGGCUGACCUGAUUAGUCUCUGUCGUUCUGAUAUCGUAGCACGCCACUGUUCGAGUGCACCCUAUUAGUUUCGAAUCCAGCAGGCUGGAAAAAAGUAUCGGAGCCUGUUCUGAUAAAUUAUGACAGCGGCGCUCGUCAUGGAAAACACAAAUUGGGAUCCUGCAUUGUCCAAGCUGCUGAAUUCUCUGCAGGAGAACAAGAACGAGAUACCGAGUUGUACCGAGGAGGAAUUUGGAUUUCUCAGUGAACUAUUGCAGUCGAAGGAAUUGAACGCUUUAGUGAACGUGCACAAUAAAAUUUUGAACAAUGUCAAGGACGACAAAUUCUUUCCUGUACUCUCCAAUGCCAUGGACAUUGACAUCGAAGUUCUGGACCUGUUAUCCACCAAAACGCACCUCUCCAAGGAGUGCAAGGAACUGUUCCAUUUACUUCAAAAGCCGCAUAUACAGGGUUUGUUGUGCGCUCACGACGCGGUUGCCCAGAAAGACUACUAUCCCCGAUUGCCGGAGAUUCCCCUGGAAGUCGACGAGGAUGAAGAAACCGUCAAGAUCGUGCAGUUGGUGAAAUCGAACGAACCCUUGUGUGGCGCCGGCGUUGAACCGAUCCUGGGGGCAACCAUGAAAACAUGCGAGGUCACCGGCAAGAUCGUGAUAGCACGAAUAAUGCAUGGCGGUGCGGCCGAUAGAUCCGGCCUCAUUCACGUUGGAGACGAGAUUUACGAGGUCAACGGCAUCAGUGUCGAAGGAAAGACUCCGAACUGUGUUCUUAAAAUAAUGCAAAAUUCUGAGGGUACGAUUACCUUCAAAAUAGUGCCUGCUGAUAGUAAAGGGGAAAUUCGUGAGAGCAAGGUACGAGUCAGAGCGCACUUUUCGUAUAAAGCUGCCGAAGAUCCGUACAUACCUUGCAUAGAGGCUGGACUAGAUUUUUCGAAGGGCGACAUUCUUCACAUUGUCAGUCAGGACGAUGUUUAUUGGUGGCAAGCCAGACGCGAGGGUGACCGAAAUAUGAGGGCUGGCCUGAUCCCCUGCAGAGCCCUACAAGAAAGACGAAUUAUCCUUGAGAGACAACAAAAGGAGAAAACCGAUAACGACAAUAUAAAGAACGACGAUUUCGACCGGGAAGAAAUACCGACCUACGAAGAGGUCGCAAAGCUCUAUCCGAGACCUGGCCUCUAUCGACCGGUGGUUCUGAUCGGGCCACCGGGUGUCGGCAGAAACGAGCUCAAGAGGCGGCUUAUGGCCACUGAUCCCGAUAAGUACAAGACGCCUGUUCCUUAUACCUCGAGACCACCGAGACCCGGCGAAGUCAACGGCAAAGAAUACCACUUUGUUAGUCGUGAAAAGAUGGAAGAAGAAAUCGAGGCCGGCAAGUUUAUAGAAUACGGCGAGUAUAAGGGCAACUUGUACGGUACCAAUUCCGAGAGCGUGAGCUCGUUGAUAAACGCCGGAUACGUGUGUCUAUUGAACCCUCACUAUCAGGCCCUCAAGAUGCUGCGAACUCCGCAGACAAAGCCAUAUGUGAUAUAUAUAAAACCGCCUAGGUUUGAAAUAUUGAAAGAAACAAGGAACGAUGCCAGAGCAAGAUCGACUUUCGAUGAAAGCAACUCCCGAGGUUUCACGGACGAGGAAUUUCAUGAAAUUUUGCAUAGCGCUGCUAGGAUCGAAUUUCUGUACAGUCAUCUGUUCGACGAAGUGAUAGUGAACGCCGAUCUUCCUAUCGCGUUUACCGCUCUGGGUACCCGCUUCGUGGGUUCAAUAAAUUAUGCUUCGACCGAAGAUUCAUGGAAAGACGAUGGAAAUCUUCGGGAAUAUUGCAAGUUCGACGCAGCUAGAUUCUUCGACACAUUACGAUCGGCGGAUGCUUUUUCCCAAACUUCUCGAGCUAUACUUUUUCGUGUGAAGAAAUCGGUGUCCUUCAGUUCGGAUACGAGUUUCGAAGAGAAACGAGCACCUUAUAGAAGAGCCGCCGUUCACGAGGUCAAGGCCUAUCACAAAGGUGUCCUGCAAGACCAUAGUACGCGCGAGGUGAACAUUGUCACAAAAGUGCCGUCCUCGUGGGAUACGACCUCCGAGGGCCCAGCGGCCCUCCUGAGGGCAGCCAGAGAUGCAGACGAAAUUGUCCUUAACGAAAUCGCAGUUCAGGUGCGAAAAUUUGGAUUCGGGGACGUAGACAUCAAUAUGGUUGAUAGUUGCGGCAGGACCGCCAUCAGCUACAUGGCUGGAAACGGUGCCCCGGGAAUGCUGGAGUUAGCUCUCUCGUUCGAAAGGGUGGAUCCGAAUAUUCCCGACAACGAAGGCAACACGCCUCUACAUUUCGCCGCCCAGGCCGGGCAAACGGAAUGUUUGAACAUACUGCUUCAAAGAUGUCCAGACAUCGAGGUGGACGCCAGGAACACAUCGGGUUUUACUCCGUUGAUGAAAGCGGCGCUUCAAGGAAGAACAAAAUGCGCCAAAAUUUUACUAUUCGCCGGCGCCAAUCCAACGUUAAGAGAUCACGGGAGAGGGCUAAGGGCGGAACAAUGGGCUAGAUUUUGUGGAAGGUACGUGUGCGCCGAAGUAAUCGAAAGGUUCGCCAGGCAUCGACUCCUCGAAAGGUCAACCUCUUGUCGGUGGGGUAGCGAACCCGAACUGGCGGCAAAAGUACUACAAGGAAAGCUAAUGCCCAUUCCGACCACACCUCUAUCGCCACCAUCCACGGGACUCAGAUCAAAGAUAAGAAAAGUUUUUCGUACAUCGUCCGGACCAGAUCGAAAUUUUUCCUUGGUUUCGCAAUUAACCAGCGCUGCCCUUUGUGCAAGCAGUCCCGCACUACCGAAAUCUAGCGAAGUUCCUCCAGUGGUUAAAAGUCUUCUGCGACCUCUCAGUGUUCCCCAAUUAAGAGUGACGCUAGUUGCACCGCAGGAUAUACUUGAACAAUCAAAGGACAAGCAUAGCUCAAAUUCCAUAGAAAAGAUCGAGAAUACGGUAGCGAAGUCAUCGCGAUCGAAGAAGAAAAACAAAUAAAUCGACAAGUCUCAUUCGCGAAUCGGCAGUGUUUCUUUUGUUCUCGAAAAAGAAAUUCGAGAAUCUUCGAUCUCCUUCGACUCAAUCACUCGUUAUCCGGCUCAGCUAUAGUUCCUAUCGAUCGACGAAAUUUUUGUUCCUUUCAAACUUACUAUCGUUUUUAAAAAUCUACGCGCAUUCUCGUUUCUAUACGACCAAAAUUGUGCAUUUUUUUUUCAACACUAUAAACCUGUUUACAGAAUUCAGAGUCAAAAAGAAGGAUUGUUAUCCUUCGUGGAUAAUUUAUUCUGCUGUACGUUAGUAACCAUUACCUUAAACUGUUUUCAAUGUAAAUGGUUUUAGUAAGUGUCGUAUACGGGUGAAACGGUAAAAUUUAUUUUUGGUUCGUGGUCAAUGUAAACCGUUUCAGAUAUUAGGAAGAUAAACAAAAUUCUAUAGAUAAAAAUCAC